CCUUGCUUUCUGCUCGCUUCAGAGCGACCUCUUCUUCUUCUGUGUCGGGGUGAAAGGUCACAGCAAAGAGCCGACAUGACGACGCUGCGGCCGUUUACUUGCGACGAUCUCUUUAAAUUCAACAACAUAAAUCUGGACCCUCUGACUGAAACCUAUGGAAUCCCGUUCUACCUGCAGUACCUGGCUCACUGGCCGGAGUACUUCAUCGUCGCCGAGGCUCCUGGCAGCGAGCUGAUGGGCUACAUCAUGGGGAAGGCGGAGGGCUCGGUGGCGAGGGAGGAGUGGCACGGCCACGUCACCGCUCUGUCGGUGGCGCCGGAGUUCAGACGGCUUGGCCUCGCCGCCAAACUCAUGGAGAUGCUGGAGGAGAUCUCAGAGAGGAAGGGAGGAUUCUUCGUGGAUCUGUUCGUACGGGUUUCCAACCAAGUGGCAGUAAACAUGUACAAACGUCUCGGCUACAGCGUCUACAGGACGGUGAUCGAGUACUACUCAGCCAGCAACGGGGAGCCGGACGAGGACGCUUACGAUAUGAGGAAAGCUCUGUCCCGAGACACAGAGAAGAAGUCCAUCAUCCCCCUGCCGCAUCCCGUCCGACCCGAGGACAUAGAGUAGCAGGACGUGGCCCCGGCCUCCCUCCACGUCCUGCUCGGUUUGGUCCUACGGGGUCGCAGUCCAGCAGGUCUCCAUGUUUCCUGCUCCAACACGCCAGACUCAAAUUAAAACGCCGUGAGGAACUCCACCCAUGGAGACCUGCUGGAUGGUGGUCCUCAUAGGACCAAACCGCAGCCCUGCAGUACACGUCUAAACCGCCACACUGAC